GCACCGAUAUUUUUCCGUAACUAACUUCUCAAAAAUCUUCAAACCUCACAUCUCCUCUCAAAGAUCCGCCGAAGAAACAAUGGGGACGGAGAUUCCAACUUCACCGGAGAUAUCCGAGGCACUGUUACCGGAAUCCAACAAAACCGCGGCGGCGAUUUCACCUCAAGACGAGGACGUACCUGAGUGGAAGGAGCAGAUAACGAUCCGUGGAUUAGCCGUGAGCGCGUUGCUGGGGACGUUGUUCUGCAUCAUCACUCAUAAGCUGAAUCUCACUGUAGGUAUCAUCCCUUCGCUUAACGUCGCGGCAGGUUUGCUCGGAUUCUUCUUCGUCAAAUCGUGGACUGGUUUCUUGUCGAAGCUUGGAUUUGCGGUUAAGCCGUUUACUAAGCAGGAGAAUACUGUUAUUCAGACUUGCGUCGUCGCUUGCUAUGGCCUCGCGUUUAGCGGAGGAUUUGGAUCGUAUUUGAUUGCUAUGGAUGAGAAGACGUACAAGCUCAUUGGUGCUGACUAUCCUGGGAAUCACGCGGAAGAUGUUAUCAAUCCAGGGUUGUGGUGGAUGAUUGGGUUUUUGUUUGUAGUCAGCUUCUUGGGACUCUUUAGUCUCGUUCCACUACGCAAGGUGAUGGUUUUGGACUAUAAACUUACUUACCCCAGUGGGACUGCCACAGCGAUGCUGAUUAAUAGUUUCCACACCAACAGUGGAGCUGAGCUUGCAGGAAACCAGGUCAAAUGUCUUGGGAAAUACCUGAGCCUUAGCUUCGUUUGGAGUUGUUUCAAGUGGUUCUUCAGUGGUGUUGGAGAUUCAUGUGGAUUUGAUAACUUCCCCACACUUGGUUUGACACUAUUCAAGAACACGUUUUACUUUGACUUCAGUCCGACAUAUGUUGGAUGUGGUCUUAUAUGCCCUCAUAUAGUGAACUGCUCGGUUCUUCUCGGUGCGAUCAUCUCUUGGGGGUUUCUGUGGCCAUUUGUAUCACAACAUGCCGGUGAUUGGUAUCCAGCUGACCUUGGCUCCAACGAUUUCAAAGGUCUUUAUGGAUAUAAGGUCUUUAUCGCCAUUGCCAUUAUCCUUGGAGACGGUCUCUACAAUCUUGUCAAGAUCAUUGCUGUUACUGUGAAGGAAUUAUGCAGCAGUAGCUCUAGACACCUUAAUCUACCUGUUGUUACCAACGUUCUAGAUGACGAAGCCUCUGAGAUACUCUUGGUAAAGAAGAAAAGAGAUGAAGUCUUUUUGAAGGACCGUAUCCCUCUCGGAUUUGCAGUUUCUGGUUAUGUGGGUCUUGCAGCUAUCUCAACAGCAACAAUCCCUUUGAUAUUUCCACCUUUGAAAUGGUACUUUGUCCUUUGCUCAUACUUCAUUGCACCUGCUCUGGCCUUCUGUAACUCUUACGGAACUGGCCUCACGGACUGGAGUCUAGCAUCAACCUACGGAAAGAUCGGUCUUUUCAUAAUCGCUUCCGUAGUGGGAAGUGAUGGUGGUGUCAUUGCCGGUUUAGCUGCAUGUGGUGUCAUGAUGUCAAUCGUCUCUACAGCAGCUGAUCUCAUGCAAGACUUCAAAACCGGUUACCUCACUUUAUCAUCAGCAAAAUCCAUGUUCGUAAGCCAGCUCGUGGGAACUGCAAUGGGCUGCAUAAUCGCUCCCCUCACGUUCUAUCUCUUCUGGUCUGCUUUCGACAUCGGAGACCCCAACGGUCCUUACAAAGCACCUUACGCAGUGAUCUUCCGUGAGAUGGCCAUUCUCGGUAUUGAGGGAUUCGCAGAACUUCCUAAGCACUGUCUAGCUCUUUGCUACGGGUUUUUCGUUGCGGCUUUGAUAGUGAAUCUCUUGAGGGAUAUUACACCGCCUAAGAUCUCUCAGUUUAUCCCUAUCCCAAUGGCGAUGGCUGUCCCGUUCUACAUUGGAGCUUACUUCGCCAUCGACAUGUUCGUUGGGACUGUUAUAUUGUUCGUGUGGGAACGGAUCAACAGGAAAGAUGCAGAUGACUUUGCCGGUGCUGUAGCGUCAGGGCUGAUCUGUGGAGAUGGGAUAUGGACAAUUCCAUCUGCAAUCCUAUCGAUCUUGAGGAUCAAUCCACCCAUCUGUAUGUACUUUAGACCAGCUUUGGCGAGUUAGAAGAUGUCAUAGUCUCGUGGCCGCAGGUACUGAAAGUAAUUGUUUUCAUAUGUUGUUGUAUAUAUGUUUCGAAAUCUCAAUAUUCCCAGGAGAAACAGAAAAAAUGUUGUUGCAAAAUCUCUUGAUAUGUUUUAGACAGUGUUGUUUCUUUAAGGGAUGUUGUCCCUUUGAAUCUUUUCUUGUUUAGACAUUCACAAGCUCAAGAAAAGUUUGAGACCAUUUGC